AUGGUUCUUGUUGAAAAUGUGGUAUAUUUGUUCCAUUUAUUGCAGAUAGUAAGACUUUGCCUGGCAUCUGAGAGGUUUACACCCUUUUCUUUCAAUAGAUAUGAAUUGGAGGACUAUAAGAACGAAGUUAGGGACCUGUUUUAUUUUGCAUUUGAUAGUUAUUUAACUCAUGGCUAUCCAUAUGAUGAGGUUAAACCUAUUUCAUGCGUACCGAAGACCAGGAAUUUUACACACGAGCACGAUCUGAUAACAAACGAUGUGUUAGGGAAUUUUACCACCACUCUAGUAGAUUCGCUAUCCACAAUUGCGAUAUUGGGCGAUGUUGAUAGGUUUGCAGAAGCAGUGGAACUAGUAGAUAAGACUAUUCCUGCGGACUUUUCCCUAGACGUUACCAUCCAAGUGUUUGAAACUACUAUAAGAAUCCUUGGUGGUCUCAUAUCGGCUCACCUAUAUGCUACUGAUCCUACGAAAAAGGUGUACUUGGGACCCUCCUAUAAUAAUCACCUGUUAACGAAAGCAAAGGUUCUAGCAGAUAGGCUUCUACCGUCAUAUUUAACCCGGACUGGAAUACCUGUACCGAGAAUUAAUCUGCGAUCUCAAUUCCAAAAGAUCGAUUAUAUGCUGGUGAGUGAAAACAAUGCAGCAGCAGCAGCUUCACCAAUGCUAGAAUUUACAAUGCUAUCUUACCUAACACAUGAUGAUAAAUAUCGUGAAGUAACAGCAUAUGCAUUUAAGAAAACUUGGGACUUACGAAGCGAAUUGAACCUGCUAUCUAUGUCUUUUAAUCCAGACACAAUGGAAAUAUAUCACCCCAUGACAGGUACUGGGGCUUCAAUAGACUCUUUCUUUGAAUAUGCGUUAAAGGGCUCGAUUCUUUUUGACGAUAGUGAGCUAUAUCAAAUAUGGGCUGAAUCAUACUACGCGUUGUCCAUUCAUGCCAAAGCUGAUUGGUUCUUCUAUAAUGUCAAUACGCAAUCCGGAGAAAUGAUCACUCCAUGGAUUGAUUCAUUGAGCGCCUUCUUCCCUGGUUCCCAAGUGCUCGAUGGUGACGUUGCGGAUGCCGAAAUGAAGCAUCUAAUGUUUCUCAAACUAUGGAACACAUAUGGAGGUAUCCCAGAACGAUGGCUAUUCAGUCCUCCGCGUGACAGGGGACGGACCCCAGUCAAUGUCUCCAACACAGUUCAACUAGGGUGGUACGCGCUGCGCCCGGAGUUUGUGGAGUCUACAUAUUUCCUAUACCGUGCUACAAAGGAUGUCUUCUACCUAAAUAUCGGCUGGCACAUUUUACAAGAUUUAAAGACUAGGUUUAAAUUUGAAUGCGGAUUUGCAGGCCUCCAAAACGUAAUCACAGGCGAGCACCAGGAUAGAAUGGAAUCCUUCGUGCUCGGAGAGACCCUUAAGUACCUAUAUCUUCUCUUUGACGAGAGUAACGAACUGCAUAAGUCCAGCCAGCGGAACCAGAUUUUCAGCACCGAAGCCCACCCGAUGUGGCUCACCCCAAAAAUGAAAGAACAGUACAACCGGAACAAGUUCAUGGAUCAUGACAUAUAUUUUACGCAUCUAGAACACCUUAAAAAACUCAGCGCAACGCGGCGAAAGGGCCCGCCCUCAUUUCAGGACAAGGUGUUGGGUCUUCUUAAAUUAACCCUGGGCGUUGAGAAUACAGAUGAAGAACUAGAUGACGAACUAUCAAAAACCCUCGCGGCCGUCCACCACCCGCGCCACACAAUUAUGCACGGCACAUGCCCCGUUCUACCAAAGGACAAAAAACUAACUUUCUACCACUCCCGUCUACUUAAUGACUUUCCUCAACUAUUCAGGAUUGACCAUAACUACGCGGCAACUCUAAUAAAACCAAAAUGGCGUCAAAAUGCACAGCAUAUUGAAACAUUCCCUGACUUCUAUUACCGCUGGUACGACCGUAGAACAUCAGUGUCACAACCAGCUCCACUAACUGCUUCCUUCGAGUUCAUGCUCGACAGCAAGCACACCCAUCCACUGCCGGUUAAACCAACUAAGCAGGGCAACGUCUAUUAUUUCCCCACCCUACACGGAUGCAAGCUUCGAGUAGAGCGAAUAAUGCCCGGCCUUAUAGACACUUACGGCGAUUACAUAUCUCCCAAAAUAUUUAAAUCGCUAUGUCCUGAAGACCUAAACCCAGGGGCAUGUGGAUUCGUCCAGCCGCCACAGGAACUACUAAUAAUGGUAGCAAUAGACGGUAAACAAUUCCCCAAGGACUCAAUAUUUGUGACUGACUACGAUGACCUCUUUGGCCCCCAUGCCGCUGAUAUGAAUGAUAUUCUUAGCUAUAACAAAAAGCGCCAACUUCUAAUCAAUUGCAACAUAGUUGCAAACGUCUACGUAGGAUAA